AUGACUAGAACCUCCGUCUUAGCUGAUGCUUUAAACGCUAUCAACAAUGCUGAAAAAACUGGUAAGAGACAAGUCUUAAUCAGACCAUCAUCUAAAGUCAUCAUCAAAUUCUUGACUGUUAUGCAAAAACACGGUUACAUUGGUGAAUUCGAAUACAUUGAUGAUCACAGAUCCGGUAAAAUUGUUGUUCAAUUAAACGGUAGAUUAAACAAGUGUGGUGUUAUCCAACCAAGAUUCAACGUUAAAAUUAACGACAUUGAAAGAUGGACCGAUAACUUGUUGCCAGCUAGACAAUUCGGUUACGUUAUCUUGACCACUUCUGCUGGUAUCAUGGAUCACGAAGAAGCUAGAAGAAAGCACGUUUCUGGUAAAAUCUUAGGUUUCGUUUACUAG